GCGGGGACGGGCGGGGGCUCGGGCCGGCUCCGCAGAGCCGCGCAGGCGCCCCAGGCCUGCGCCGAGCCGAGCCCCUCCUGGUCGCUCCAGGCGUCAAAAUGGCGGCGAGGGAAACCUGGAGAAGCCCCGGAGCCUGAGCCACUGACAGGAGCGGAGACGGGAGGUGGCGGCGGCGACGGCAGGAGGAGGAUGGCCGGGGGUGCUGGCGCCGGUGCGGACGGCGGUGCAGGCGGCGGCGGCGGCGGGGGCGACGGCCGCGGUCCCAGCGGCGGCAGCAGCAGCAGCGGCGGGAGGAGCCUCCGGGAAAUGGAUGAAAAGAGGCUACUGGAUCCAGGGUUGAAAGUUCGUAAAGGCCUCUGGGAUUAUACUCUGAAGAACCAGCAGAUGGAAUGCCUGAGUGACUGAAGAAAAUGGGUGCUAAUGCAUCUAACUAUCCUCAUUCAUGUUCCCCGAGGGUAGGGGGAAAUUCUCAAGCCCAACAGACUUUUAUAGGGACAUCAUCCUAUUCUCAGCAAGGCUAUGGUUGUGAAUCAAAAUUAUAUAGCCUUGACCAUGGCCAUGAGAAACCACAAGACAAAAAAAAGAGAACCUCUGGCCUUGCCACCCUCAAGAAGAAGUUUAUCAAGCGUCGAAAAUCUAAUAGGUCUGCUGAUCACGCCAAGCAGAUGCGAGAACUCCUCUCUGGGUGGGAUGUUCGAGAUGUCAAUGCAUUAGUGGAGGAAUAUGAGGGAACUUCAGCCUUAAAGGAGCUUUCUCUACAAGCCAGUUUGGCUAGACCAGAAGCCCGGACAUUGCAGAAAGAUAUGGCCGAUCUUUAUGAGUACAAGUAUUGUACUGAUGUAGACUUAAUAUUUCAAGAAACUUGUUUUCCUGUUCAUCGUGCCAUUUUGGCGGCAAGAUGUCCAUUUUUUAAAACACUACUUUCUUCCUCACCCGAGUAUGGGGCAGAGAUCGUAAUGGACAUCAGUACAGCUGGUAUAGAUAUGCCCAUGUUUUCUGCGUUGUUACACUACCUUUAUACGGGAGAGUUUGGAAUGGAGGACUCAAGGUUUCAAAAUGUUGAUAUCCUCGUUCAGCUUAGUGAAGAAUUUGGAACACCAAAUUCCCUUGAUGUAGAUAUGCGUGGACUCUUUGAUUACAUGUGUUAUUUUGAUGUCGUCCUUAGUUUUUCUUCAGACUCUGAACUGGUUGAAGCUUUUGGUGGAAAUCAGAACUGUUUAGAUGAAGAGCUCAAAGCUCAUAAGGCUAUUAUUUCAGCACGGUCCCCAUUUUUUCGAAAUUUAUUACAAAGGAGGAUACGGACUGGUGAAGAAAUCACAGACCGAACUUUAAGGACUCCCACAAGAAUUAUAUUAGAUGAGUCCAUUAUACCAAAAAAAUAUGCGAAAGUUAUAUUACACUGUAUGUAUACUGACGUGGUGGACCUCUCCGUUUUGCACUGUAGCCCCUCUGUGGGGAGUCUCAGUGAAGUUCAGGCUCUCGUCGCAGGGAAGCCAAACAUGACUAGGGCAGAAGAAGCCAUGGAACUUUACCACAUAGCACUGUUCUUGGAAUUUAACAUGCUUGCACAAGGCUGUGAGGAUAUCAUUGCUGAAAGCAUCUCAUUAGAUACCUUAAUUGCCAUCCUCAAGUGGAGCUCUCAUCCAUAUGGCUCUAAAUGGGUACACCGACAAGCUUUACAUUUCCUCUGUGAGGAAUUUUCCCAGGUCAUGACUUCGGAUGUUUUUUAUGAACUCAGCAAAGACCAUCUGCUUACUGCUAUCCAGUCUGACUACCUACAGGCAAGUGAACAAGAUAUCCUUAAAUAUCUGAUUAAAUGGGGUGAGCAUCAGUUAAUGAAGAGAAUAGCAGACAGAGAGCCAAACCUACUGAGUGGCACUGCUCAUAGUGUGAACAAGAGAGGUGUAAAAAGACGAGACCUGGACAUCGAAGAGCUUAGAGAGAUCCUUUCUUCUCUCUUACCUUUUGUGAGAAUUGAACAUAUUUUACCUAUAAACAGUGAAGUCCUAAGUGAUGCAAUGAAAAGAGGCUUGAUUAGUACUCCUCCAUCAGAUAUGCUUCCUACAACAGAAGGUGGAAAGUCAAAUGCCUGGUUACGGCAAAAAAAUGCUGGAAUAUAUGUUCGUCCUCGACUGUUCUCUCCCUAUGUAGAAGAAGCAAAGUCAGUGCUAGAUGAGAUGAUGGUGGAACAAACAGAUCUUGUGCGUUUGAGAAUGGUUAGAAUGUCCAAUGUGCCAGACACACUUUACAUGGUCAAUAACGCCGUGCCACAGUGCUGUCACGUGAUCAGCCACCAGCAGAUCAGCAGUAACCAGUCAAGCCCUCCUUCGGUUGUAGCAAAUGAAAUCCCAGUUCCUCGUCUCCUCAUUAUGAAAGACAUGGUCAGACGUCUGCAGGAGCUACGACACACUGAGCAGGUGCAGAGAGCCUACGCGCUUAACUGUGGGGAAGGCGCCACAGUGAGCUAUGAAAUUCAGAUUCGAGUAUUGAGAGAGUUCGGGCUUGCAGAUGCUGCUGCAGAGCUCUUGCAGAAUCCUCACAAGUUCUUUCCUGAUGAACGUUUUGGAGAUGAAAGUCCACUCUUGACAAUGAGGCAGUCUGGGAGAUGUCGAGUUAGCAGUACCCCCGCUGCAGAAACCGUGUUUACAGAUCCAGACUCUUUUGUGGCCUUCCAUCCACCCUUGCCACCUCCACCGCCGCCGUACCACCCCCCAGCCACCCCAGUCCAUCACCACCUCAAAGCGGGCUGGAGACAAAGACCUCCCAGCCAACACCCUUCACGUUCGUUCUCUUAUCCCUGUAAUCAUUCGCUGUUUCACUCCAGAGCAGCUCCUAAAGCAGUGCCCCCUCCAGUCUGUUUGCCAGGUGUUCAAGCAGCAGGACCUGACUGUGCCGGCACCCCAGGGCUGGGGAGACAGACGGUAGCCGCCGCCGCCUCAGCAGCAGUAGCAUCUGAAAGACAAAUGUGUACACAACCUGUGCUAAAUGAUCUAAUGCCAGAUAUCGCCAUGGGAGUGUCCACACUGUCACUCAAGGACAGGAGGCUUCCCGAACUUGCUGUAGACACAGAAUUAAGCCAGUCAGUUUCUGAAGUAGGACCAGGGCCUCCCCAGCAUCUAUCGUGUAUUCCACAGAGGCAUACACACACAUCUCGAAAGAAACACACACUAGAGCAAAAAACAGACACUCGAGAAAAUCAGCAGGAAUAUCCAGAUUUCUAUGACUUCUCGAAUGCUGCUUGUAGACCGUCUACUCCGGCUCCUGGCAGACGCACCCCUUCCCCUUCGCAAGGUGGAUAUUUUGGUCCCGAUUUGUAUAGCCACAAUAAGGCAUCACCAAGUGGCUUAAAGUCAGCCUACCUACCUGGCCAGACCUCUCCUAAAAAGCAGGAAGAAGCUAGGAGAGAAUAUCCACUUUCCCCUGAUGGGCAUCUGCACAGACAAAAGAAUGAGCCGGUACACCUCGAUGUUGUUGAGCAGCCUCCCCAGAGGUCGGACUUUCCUUUGGCAGCCCCAGAAAAUGCCGGCAACGGUCCAGCCCACAUCAGGGGGCGAACAGCAGUGGAAACUGACUUGACUUUUGGGCUGACUCCUAACAGACCUUCACAUUCUGCAUGUAGCUCUGAAGUUCCAGAAGAGAGAUCUGGUAGAAGACUGGCAGACAGCGAGUCCUUGGGCCAUGGAGCUCAGCGAAACACAGAUUUGGAAAGGGAAGAUUCAAUCAGCAGAGGAAGGAGGUCACCAAGCAAGCCAGACUUCCUCUACAAAAAGUCUGCCCUUUGAGAGCAACCUCCAAGUCGUCUGUGCCUGAGAUGUGAAACAUCCCAUUUUAUGAUGUAACCCAACAACUUAGAGUAUUGAUGCCAGCUGAUAACUCAGUUUCACAUUAUUUUAUUCUAGUUUUUGUAUAUACAUGUUUAUUAGACAUGGCAUGCUAAGAGGGUUAUUUUGAAUGCUGCAUCUGUCUAGUUUGUGUUUGAACAAUUGUGUGGGGAAGCAUUUUUAAGAGCAAGCAAGCUGGCACUUUUUUUUUCUCUCUUUACAAAUGAUGGAAUUUUUUUGCACUUGUACUUUUAUCUGUAUUGUUUUUAUAUCAGUAUGUUAAACUUUAUUGCCACAUUUAAAGGACUGUAUUUUCAUACUUUUUUGCAUUUUACCUUUCAUCUAGCAAUUUCCACGUGCAUUGGAUUGCACACUAAGAUGUAUUUUCUUAUGAAAUAGUUCUGUGUUUAUUUUUUAAUUAUAGAAAUUCCAAAGAACAGCACAUCAAAAUGCUCCUCUCUUUUCAGUAAUUGUUUUAGUUCAGAAAGCUUCCUGCUCAGUCUUCAUAAAUCUAAUGUCGUACUUUUUAAAUAAGUCUUGGGAGCUGGUCUUCAUUCCUCCAGCAGGAAUCCAGUCAGGAUCCUGAAGUUUCCUGGUUCCGUAAAGAACAAGAAGGAGAAAAGCCUUUUGUGUCCAGACUCAAGCUAUUGCUUUAUUCACAGUGCAGAUGCUGUUAGAAUCACUGCAGAUUCUGGUAGUGUGGACUAGAGUUUCACUAGAUGAGGUUCUAAAGUGAUCGGCUUUCCUGGAAUCCUAAAGAAGUGGAAUUAGCGAAGUAACUUAAGCCUGCCCUACGGGGUUGCUGGUUCUGAGCUGCGACUCUCCAGAUGAGUCCGGGGAGUGACUGCUUGCUGCCUUCAGUUGUCUUGCUCUCUGUGGGAAAAAAAAAAAAAACAACAAAAGGGCUUCAGCCUUACGGAUGUCAUUUGGUAUUUGUAAGCAUAUAUUUUCUUUUAAGUGUUUUUCAAAGUGUGUCUGAAUUUUGGUGUCCUUUAAAGAAGUUGUUGUAUAAUGCAUAAUGCUUUGUCACCAAAAAAGAAAAAGAAACCUUUUUUUUUUUUUCUUCGGUGAAACACUACAUGUCCUACUUGAACUCCACUGGGGACGCUGGUUUGGGAUUUUACUGAACCACUGAGCACAUGGGAUCUUUUAAGAUCCUCUCCCUUAGAAGGGCAAUGUGUGAGCUAAGGACUGUUUUUUUCUUACUCUCCAAUGUAAAUACAUUAGUAUUUGAGUUUUUAAAUCACUUCAACAUUAUUUGAGCAUUCACUUUCUAUUUUUACACAUACACACACAGCCGUAGCACUUAGAAGAAAAGAGACUUUCUGAACACUCCCUCCCGUGAAGGAUGUUUGGAAGCCUCUUCUCUGUGUAUGUAUAUACAUAUAAAACUCUGAAUCACUCACACUCACUCUAAAACUAUGCAGGGCUAGGGAGCCUUCACAAGCUACCAUAUAAAUGAAUGACAUGCACUUUUAAGUAAAUAGGUUUCUAUUGGGUGUCAAGAACUCUGAUUUCUCCCGAAACUGUAGUUUCUCUUACAAUCUUUUCCUACUUUUACCCUGUGGAUAUACACUCAGGAAUAAUCUGACAUUUAAAAAAAUCCUAACAGUAGGUAGUCUUAAAAGAUGGGGAACACAUAAGUUUGUCUGUCUACACCGGCAAACCGCUGCCACUCGCUCUGCUGCCUGGCUAGUUAGCUGCUGCCCGUGCAUCCCUCGAUGUCGGCCAAGCUGCACACCGAGCCCCAGAUCUCCCAGAGUCAACACCAGGCUACUGUGAGGUCGGCUGCACAUCGUCGCCUUUGAGGCUCCUUUUUUUAAAGAUGAAAAACGUUAGGCCUUUGUUCUCGUUUUUAGGAGGUUUUUGACUUUGUAAUAGAUGACGGUGUCUUUUGAAGCCAAUCUCAGUCUGUCUCUCCUCAGAAACACAAAGUGUUAAUUCCAUCAUAUUCCUUAAUGUGUAUUUAUAUACAUGUGUUGACAUGAAUUGUUUUGAUACAGUUUUAAAUUUCUAUUGUGAAUUCAGACUGUGCUGUGCUGGUACUGCAAAUAAGAGUGAGUAGACACGGCUGGUGGGGGAAAUCGUUCUCAUCUCCAACCCGUUUUUUUUUUUUAAAUGUUAGACAAGAGCUAUUGGUGCCACACAUGCAUUUUUCUGAAAAUUUAUUAAAUAUUCUUUCACAUCCCUAAAACAUAAUUAUAAAAGAAGUGGCCACUGUUCAUAGUUUUAUUUAAUUUAUGAAGUUUGCUUUUAAUAAUUUAGUAGCAUACCUGGCUAAACUCUAUGUAUAGAGAGAAACGUGCUGUGGAUCGUGGACUGCUGUGACUUCCAGAAGGUAAACAGAUGUGGGUUUUGUGUUAGGGUAGGUGUUAGUGGACUUUUAAUGUAUCUUGUGAAGUAUGGUCAGUAGGGUAGGUUGAAUAGCUAUGUCCUCUGGCCUUUGAACCCAUCUAUUCAGUUUUCUUUAAUGCUUACUAAGCAUUAAAAUCUUUCAGUGCUGUACGAAGAUAAAUGUGAAGUCUGAGUAAGAUUGCUCUCAGAAAUAAACAUGUAUAAUAUAAAAUUUAGGCCACGGGACCGAGCAUUUUACUCGGUGUAGAAAUUUCAUGAGAACCAAAUCUCAACAUACCAGAUCUCCUCUCGAGGCCAUGGACAAUCAGGCCAUUAGACAAUCGCCACCUUUGGUGUCCGCCGUGUUGAGGUUAGUGAAUACCAGUUAGAUCCUGGAGCGGAAGGAGAAGAUCUACAUUUCUUCAAGAUGCUGUUGGUCUGUUUCUUAUAUUUCUGUUUUAGUUUUGUGAUUUUGAUUAGUAAUUUCAGUUCAGAGUCACCUGUGACUCCUAAGGGAAAAAGAUAGCAGCAUGAAAGGCAAAAAUUAUUCCUGAAAAAAUCGUUGUUUGAAUUUACCAUGUACUAUACAUACUCUUUCUCACACGCCCCUGUAGCUUUUUCUAGGCAUGUCCCUAGACCUAAUCUCUCCUGACAUUUUGGUAACCAGGUAGAUUUUAAAUGAGUUCUUUUUAUUUGAGUUUUUUUUUCUUUGGUUGAACUCUAUGAAACUUAAUUCUUGUUUAUGCUUCCUUAAAAAACUGUUCUUUAUUGCGUUUUCUUUGGAUUUGUUGUUCAAGCUGUAGUAGCAGUGGACCAUACUUGUCCCUUUGGAUUUAGGUGAUGAUGAAGGGGAAACAGCAUAUGCAGCAUCAGCAGCAGGGUGCAAAGAUGACCCCCACGUGUUGGCAGCAGCGGGACGCAAAGAUGAUCCCCGCGUGUUGGUCUCUAGAGGUGAAAGAUGAACAAUUCUCAGUAACUACUCAUCAAAAUAUGUAUUUUCAUGUUUAAAUCCGCCUUUUAGGGGAAAAUGUGUUCCCUGAAACACUUGUAAGAUACUGAUUUUGCAAUUCUAAGGCAUUUAUGUUUUUAUCUUAGGACUGAACUCAAAGGGAAAUGUUUGACUUUUUCUUUUUUUAAUUAUUUGGUUGACCUUCAACUUACUGUUGAAAGUUACUAUUAAAGCAGCAGUGAUGGGUGCUAUUCCCCGUUCUGCAGUGGUUUACUUUGUCUACUAAGGAGUUUACUUUAAAACCUCAUUACAGAUAACCUUACUAAAAGAAUUACCGUCACACACUAAAGGGUAUUGUAUUAUUUUCCAUUAACACUGUUGUACGAACAGUGUUUUAUGAAAUGUUGUCUUUUUGUCCUGUCGAUUGCAAUAGGUGUUAUGUAAUUGUUGUAUUGGCAAGAUUUUUGAUUUUUCUCUUCCUGUAGAAAAGCCUCAGACCAUGAGUCAAUCUUCCAUAUUCUGAAUAUUAUAAUGCUGUGGCCGUUUCUAUAGAAAGAUUACUUGCAAGUGUGUGUCUCGAAAAUAACUUCUUGUGUCUGUGUGUUUACGUGGGUUCUAAGAGCUGAAAUGAGCUCUGGAAGCUUCAUCGUGUACCUGCACGUGACUGUGUAUCUGGGUUCCAUGGGCACAUGGGACGGAAUCCUGCUCUUAGGUGGGGUGGCUGAACGAUAAAGAUUCCUGAACUCCACUUGCUGUUUAUGUACCACGUCUGUGCAUCAGAGAGGUGGUAUCUUCUACAACACUGCAUUUCUUGUGGUUGUGCUGUUACUGGUAUAAAGUCAAGUGCCUUCAAUGCUAAAGGCUCAGAAAUUUUUCUUAAACUGAUUUCAUGUCCUAUGCAAGUGUUUUCUACAACCUGCAUAACCAGUACUUUGUAAAACUUGUUUACGCUUCAAAUGUACAUAGUGUUUUUUAAAGAAAUACAUAGUAUUUUUAUUUAGGUACCUCCAAACUUGAAUUCAUCUGUGUGAAGCAUUGUAAAAUGAUACAUUUCUCUUUUGAGUAUCAUUGCAGUUGUACAAAGGUUUCCACUGGUUCUAUUUUUCUACUGUUACUGACAAGCAUGUAACACUGACUUUAUCCUACAUAUAGUUGGCGUUUCAAA